GCCCUCAGCCCGACUCCGCGGCCGGCGGCUGCUGCAGCCAGGGGGGCGCUGCGGGUGGGUGCUGCUGCUGCCGCCGUUGCCGCCGUUUUCUUCGUGCCGUGCCCAGCACUGUGAAGGUUCACCAUGUCUGACAGAAAGGCUGUGAUCAAGAAUGCGGACAUGUCCGAGGACAUGCAGCAGGAUGCUGUAGACUGUGCCACGCAGGCCAUGGAGAAGUACAACAUAGAGAAAGACAUAGCAGCAUAUAUAAAGAAGGAAUUCGACAAGAAAUACAACCCAACUUGGCACUGCAUUGUUGGCAGAAACUUUGGCAGCUAUGUAACACACGAGACAAAGCACUUCAUCUAUUUUUACUUGGGUCAGGUUGCAAUCCUUCUCUUCAAGUCUGGAUAGGAAGUAGGAGCAAGCAAAGUUUGGACUGUAAUGCACUGAUGGCUGAAGCCAAGAUUCCCUUUAACAUGGCUGUGCCGCUGCAUGGACUGUAUACUCUAUUUAAUGUGUAUAUGUUGCAGUAAAAAUCUACUUCUGUUUAGUUGCCUGGGAAGAAGGCGGCAUCUUUUUCUUUUUCUUUUUUUUCUUUUUCUUUUUUGGGGGUUUUUUGGUUUGGGGGGGGUGGGUUUGGUUGUAUUGCACUAGGAAAACCUGUAAAUGCUUAAAUAAUGGCCUUUAAGUGGGAAGAAAUAAAACUAUUCCACAACAGCUCCCUCAGUGGUAACUUCUUCUUUGGUAAGACUGGGGAACUUCUUUUAUAUUUGGCAGACCAAAAAGCCCCUGUUGUGAGUUCAAGCAGCCUAACAUAAAGGAGGAACACAAGUGCUCCUUUCCAGUGAUAGUCGAGGGUAGGUGUGGAAGCUGUAUGAAGCUGGCUGUCUUUAGAGGCUCAGCAGUGAAAGGGGAAGAAGCUAGAAGGUGCGGUGGCUUUUGUUCAAUAAGGCUCUGAUCCAAACAAUUGCCACAUUAGGACCAUGUGUUUUUAGUACUGAAGACCGGUCCUUGAUGUUCUCUGUAACAAAAGAAUGUCCACAACCACAAUCUUGGAUUUGGCCUAAAACAGAUCUGAGAUCCCCACCUUUUUAUUAAGUAGUUACCUUUUGUGGGAGGAUGUCCUCUGGCCUUAGCUUUUGUGUUAGUAAUCCUGCUCUCUUAAUGGGUGAGACCUAAUGCUGGCCAACUGAUCUAUCCCCAAAUCAGUGAUGGCUGACAGCAGGCAACCUGAACAGUUUGAUUCGGCAUGUCCUUAUCAAGUUGUCUCAACACUGCCUUAACUCAAAUCUGUGCUCCUAAAUCCUCUCUCCUAAAAGGAAAGAGCCCUUGUAAUCCUAUGGAAGACCUGUAGAUAGCCACUGUCUUUCCAUGAUGGCUGUUGGAGACGAUGCUCUGUGAACAGCUCUUCUGUUCUGAUUUGCAUCUUCUUGAGCACAGUACCAAGUUCAGAUUACGUGCUGCUGUGUGAAAAACAACAUCUGCUUUAAAGGCAGGAAGAUGUUCUGGUCUCCAGUGGUCUCAGCGGUAUUGUCUUAGUGUGUAGUGACUCUUCCAUCACAGGAAGCCCCUCUUUCUUUUUGGGUUGUCACAAAAGGUUAAAA